AAGUAGUACCGGUUAAUAACGGUGUUAAAUGAGGCGCGCGCGCUGAGGAACGGAGCUCAGCUGCCUGUGACCGGCCAGCGGCUGCUGUAGGUCUGAGAGCGUUUAUCACUCAUACAGGACGUUUCAGCAGACACUGCUCCGUUAAUGUCUAAGGAUAAGGAUAUGAGCUCAUCCGUCAUUCACUCUCAGCAGCUCCAGGCUGCUAUGGCAGAAACCUUCCUGGAGCACAUGUGCCUGCUAGACAUUGACUCCGAGCCCACAGUGUCUCGCAACACUGGAAUCAUCUGCACAAUUGGGCCAGCUUCUCGCUCUGUGGAGAAGCUGAGGGAGAUGAUCAAAGCUGGCAUGAACAUUGCACGCUUGAACUUUUCUCAUGGAACUCAUGAGUACCAUGCUGAUACCAUCAAAAAUGUACGUGAAGCCACUGAGAGCUUUGUACCUGGAAGUCUUGAGUACAGACCAGUGGCCAUUGCACUGGACACCAAAGGCCCUGAAAUCAGGACUGGACUCAUCAAGGGCAGUGGCACUGAGGAGGUGAAGCUAAACAAGGGUGAGAAAAUUAAGCUGACCCUAGAUGACAAAUUCAAGGAUAACUGUGAUGAGAAAACCCUGUGGCUUGAUUACAAGAAUAUCACUAAGGUGGUUGAAAAGGGCAGCAGGGUCUACGUUGAUGAUGGCCUCAUUUCCCUGAAAGUCCUGGAAAUUGGUGGUGACUACUUGAUAUGUGAGAUUGAGAAUGGCGGUAUGCUGGGCAGCAAGAAAGGUGUGAACCUGCCUGGUGCUAAAAUAGACCUACCUGCUGUGUCUGAGAAGGACAUCCAAGACCUGCAGUUUGGUGUGGAGCAAGCGGUGGACAUGGUGUUUGCAUCCUUCAUCCGCAAGGCUGCUGACGUUCACGCAGUCAGGAAGGUGUUGGGUGAGAAGGGCAAGAACAUCAAGGUCAUCAGCAAGCUGGAGAACCAUGAGGGGGUGCGCAACUUUGAUGAGAUCCUGGAGGCCAGUGAUGGUAUCAUGGUUGCCCGUGGAGACAUGGGCAUCGAGAUUCCCACAGAGAAGGUCUUCCUGGCUCAGAAGAUGAUGAUUGGACGCAGCAACAGGAUUGGCAAACCUAUCAUUUGUGCUACACAGAUGCUGGAAAGUAUGAUCAAGAAGCCCCGUCCAACCCGUGCUGAGAGUAGUGACGUAGCCAAUGCUGUGCUGGAUGGUGCUGACUGCAUCAUGUUGAGUGGAGAGACAGCUAAGGGCGAGUACCCUGUUGAGUCUGUGUUGAUACAGCACCUGAUUGCCCGAGAGGCUGAGGCAGCUAUGUUCCACAGGCAGUUGUUUGAAGAGUUGCGUCGCACCACACACCUGACUCGUGACCCCUGUGAAUCUGUGGCCAUAGGAGCUGUGGAAGCUUCCUUUAAGUGCUGUGCCAGUGCCAUUAUCGUUCUCACAAAAUCUGGAAGGUCUGCUCAUCUGCUGUCUAGAUACAGGCCUCGUGCCCUCAUCAUGGCUGUGACCCGGAAUGAGCAGACAGCACGUCAGUGCCAUCUGUAUCGUGGCAUCUACCCCAUCCUCUACAACAAGCCUGCCAAUGAUAUGUGGGCUGAGGAUGUGGACUUGCGUGUCAGCUUCGCCCUGGAGAUGGGUAAAGCCCAGAAGUUCUACAAAUCUGGUGAUGUGGUGAUUGUUGUCACUGGUUGGCGUCCUGGCUCCGGCUACACCAACACCAUGCGUGUUGUUCUGGUGCCUUGAACACCAUAAAUAAGAACUCUGCCAUUCCCUUUAAUCUCUGACUCCCAUAGGUUCUUUAUUUGUAGAUUUUAUCAAAUUAAUCUCCCAAUCCUAUAAGUGAAUUCCCUGCUGCAUCUAGUGUUAUUUCCAGAGGGCUCAGUAAUGCUUCAUUUGCGUACACUUAUAAAAGUUACUUCCAAAAAGAAAUCUCAAAAUUGACCAACUGAAAAGAGGUUUGCACUCGUCAGCACUAGAGUGCUUAUCCUUGGAGUUUGUACAACAAUUUGUUGGCAUGCUACGUUGUGACUGUUGUAUAGAUUGUGUAAUGCUCUAAUAUGUGAAGCAGUUGCCUGUAUAUGCUCAACAAGUACUACCGGACAUCCAUUAAACAUAUGAUCACCUGA